GCGCUUCCCGCCGCCAUGGAGCUGCCCCUCAGCCACUUCCCCGCCCGUCGCGCCGCAGCGCUGGCUGCCGCCUACAUCUGCUACAGGACCGGGGGUCCCGGCCAUGGGCUGCGGCUGAGGGACCUGAGAGCGGCCCGGAGAGAGGACCUGGAUGAUGUUGGCCAUAAGUACAGUCUAGAGCUGGUGCUGGAAGACAUCCUGGACAGAGACACUACUGUUAACUGCACUGCUGAGGUUCUUUAUCACCUGGGCAACAAAAACCUUGCUCCAGCUGUGCAAUUCACACUUGAAGGAGAUCUUAAGAACACAGACGAAGCAGAUAACACGUUCUACAACCAAAUCAGGAGCCUGGAAAAAGAACUUGUGGCAGAAAACAUACCAGACAGCCACGGCAACAUGCCCCCAGCACUGGAGCCCAUCCACCUGCUAGGCUGGGUUGCCUCUGGCUACGUGAUCUGGCAGAACUCAACAGAAAACACCCACUUCCAUCCUGCCCAAAUCAAACAUGUGAAGCAAGUGAAAAGAAGUGAUGAAUAUCUUGAAUUUGACUACAUGAUUCUACUUCAUGAAAUGGUGUCCCAGGAGAUCAUUCCCUGGCAAAUGACAGUUCUCUGGCACCCCCAGCAUGGUGUUCAGGUGACAGGGGACAGCCAGCAGCCCACACACCAACCUGAAUAACUGAGCACCUCAGACUGAACUUCUCUACAUUCUGCUUUGAGCUGAUAACCCAAAAAGCACUUCUUUUGGCUCCAUACUCAAAUUCUGCAUCAAAAUACAUUUUAAAAGCCUCUUGUUGCCAGGAAGCAAGAAUACUCACGGCACAGGGGCAGAGAUGUUCUCCCUGAAGGCAACUUUUGGCUUUCCCAUGGUGCAAGG